ACAUCUGAUCCUUCCCUGGCUCUUUCCGGUCUAUGUCCUGAUAAAAGCUUAUUAGCUCAAAGACAGGUACGAGAGAGAGAGAGAGAGAGAGAUAGAGGAGAUAUAAGGAGACCUGCACUAAAGAAUCCCUUUCUCUUUCUUCUCAUUUCUCUCUCUACUCGCCCCAUCCUUUCUACAGCUUCUUAGCAGGAACGAAGCGAAAGACUUUGUCUUUCCCAUUAUUUCUUCGCCAUGAUCUCGUUGAACGGAAGCACUUUUCUGAACAACUCUCUUUAUGGGGUUUCCAGAAGCUUAGCUCAGCCGCAGAGAAGAGUCUCAGCUCCAUUGGUGGUGGCUGUGAGCUCAAAUGGCCGACCAGCGGAUCGAAACGUCACCGUAUUGAUGGAGAGUACUCUGAAGGAGAUGAGAGAUGGUGCUUCUGUGCUGGACGUGGACCCCAAAUCUACCGUCGGUGGUGGGGUUGAGGACACGUACGGCGAGGACAAAGCCACCGAGGAUCACCCUGUAACCCCUUGGACUGUCUCUGUUGCUAGUGGUUAUUGCUUGUUGCGGGAUCCACAUCAUAACAAAGGGCUUGCCUUCUCUGAGAAAGAAAGGGACGCCCACUACUUGCGUGGUCUUCUUCCACCAGUAGUUGUCAGUCAAGAGCUUCAGGUCAAGAAACUUAUGCACAACCUUAGACAGUAUGAAGUACCAUUACAGCGGUACAUGGCAAUGAUGGAUCUUCAGGAGAGAAAUGAAAGGCUUUUCUACAAGCUUCUCAUUGAUAAUGUCGAAGAACUGCUCCCAGUCGUCUACACUCCAACAGUUGGUGAGGCAUGCCAAAAGUAUGGAAGCAUCCUUGGGCGUCCUCAGGGUCUAUUUAUUAGUUUGAAGGAGAAGGGUAGAAUUCUAGAGGUAUUGAAGAAUUGGCCUGAGAAGAAAAUUCAAGUUAUUGUUGUCACUGAUGGGGAGCGGAUUUUGGGGCUUGGGGAUCUUGGCUGCCAGGGAAUGGGAAUACCUGUUGGGAAACUUUCUUUAUACACAGCACUUGGUGGGAUUCGUCCUUCAGCUUGCUUGCCUAUAACAAUCGAUGUUGGAACAAACAAUGAGAAGAUGUUAGAUGAUGAAUUCUACAUUGGGCUUCGGCAAAGGAGGGCAACUGGACAGGAAUAUGCCGAACUUCUGCAUGAAUUUAUGGCUGCAGUCAAGCAGAACUACGGGGAGAAAGUCCUCAUUCAGUUUGAAGACUUUGCAAAUCACAAUGCCUUUGAUCUGCUUGCAAAGUAUGGCACCACUCAUCUUGUUUUCAAUGAUGAUAUACAGGGGACAGCAUCAGUGGUCCUUGCAGGGCUCAUUUCAGCACUAAAGUUAGUUGGAGGAACCUUAGCUGAGCAUACAUUUUUAUUCCUUGGAGCCGGAGAGGCUGGCACUGGAAUUGCUGAACUCAUAGCUCUUGAGAUGUCAAAACAAACAGGAGCCCCAUUGGAAGAGACUCGCAAGAAGAUUUGGCUUGUGGACUCAAAGGGUUUGAUUGUUAACUCCCGCAUGGAAUCACUUCAACAUUUCAAGAAACCCUGGGCCCAUGAACAUGAGCCUGUUAAAGAACUUGUGGAUGCUGUUAAGGCAAUCAAGCCAACAGUGUUGAUCGGGUCAUCAGGAGCAGGAAGAAAAUUUACGAAAGAAGUGAUCGAGGCUAUGACAUCAUUUAAUGAGAAGCCCAUUAUUCUCGCUCUUUCUAAUCCUACUUCACAAUCUGAAUGUACUGCUGAAGAAGCUUAUACUUGGAGUGAGGGACGUGCCAUUUUUGCUAGUGGGAGCCCAUUUGCCCCUGUUGAAUAUAAUGGGAAAGUUUAUGUGUCUGGCCAGGCAAAUAAUGCAUACAUUUUCCCUGGAUUUGGUCUGGGUCUGAUAAUUUCUGGUGCUAUCCGUGUUCAUGAUGACAUGCUUCUGGCAGCUUCGGAAGCUCUAGCCGAACAGGUCACAGAGGAGAAUUUUGACAUGGGACUCAUAUACCCACCCUUCACAAACAUCAGGAAGAUUUCUGCCCAUAUCGCUGCCAAGGUGGCUGCUAAGGCUUAUGAACUUGGAUUGGCUACUCGUCUCCCUCAACCCGAAAAUCUGGUUGCAUAUGCUGAGAGCUGCAUGUACAGCCCCAGUUAUCGAAAGUAUAGGUGAAUCAGUGGAAUGUUGUGUACUUUUUAAUCAUUUCGGAGUUUAUCGUAUGGGAUUGUCAUUUAUCAUAUCAACUUUUUUUUCUUUUUCUUUUUCUUUUCCACAUUCAUUUCCAUUUUCUUCCAACUUGUAAGUUAUAUAAAUUGUUGGUGGGUAGUUAGAGAACCAUGGAGGGUGUUGCUAGUCAGAUCAUUAAAGAUCAAUUUUAGCUUUAUACA